AUGAGGCGGGGACGGGACCCCCUGACCCUGACAGGGGUGUCCUGGGGUGACUUCAUGAUGCUCUGUGGGAAGGGCUUCAAGCGCAACUCCAACCUCAUCAGGCACCGGUGCAUCCACACUGGGGAGAGGCCCUACGAGUGUCCCCAGUGUCAGAAGAGGUUUCAGACCAGCUCCAAUCUCCUCCAGCACCAGCAGUUUCACACAGAGGAGAGGCCCUUCCGCUGCCCUGAGUGUGGGAAGGGCUUCAAGCAAAACUCCAACCUCAUCAGGCACCAGCGCAUCCACACGGGGGAGAGGCCCUACCAGUGCCCAACCUGUGGGAAGAGGUUUCACACCAGCUCCAAUCUCCUCCUGCAUGAGCGGAUUCACACGGAUGAGCGACCCUUCCGCUGCCCUGAGUGCGGGAAGGGCUUCAAGCACAACUCCACUCUCAUCAGGCACCGGCGCAUCCACUCUGGGGAGAGGCCCUACGAGUGUCCCCAGUGUGGGAAGAGCUUCACCCAGAGCUUUCACUUGACCAAUCACCAACGGAGGCACCGGAAAGGGAAGGCCUCCAAUGCCCCAA